CCUGAGUCCCGGCGCUUGCUGCAGGUAGCGCUAUAUAAAGCUCCCCAUCGCUGCUGUGUGCGUUUGCGAGAGACACAGCUGUCACCAGCCAGAAGGGGCUUAGAAGUCAGCAGUACUUUAGAAGGACGAGUUAAAUUCGGAAGCAUAUCAAUGGACACUGAUCGGUACUCAUUUUAAAAGACGUCUGGAUUAUAAACAAUUCGCUUGCAUUUAUUUCCUUCUGCAAACAUUUGUAUUGGCUGCCGGACGGAGACUUUUUAAAGGAUCCUCUUCAUUGUUUACCAUUAACCAACCAUCUCUAGAUCUUAAUUUAGGAGAAACCCUUUGUGGGGGUUCCAGAGAGAACAGGCCUGGUACACCUUCCACGUACCCCAAUCCUUUUCAUUGGUUUGGAGCCAGUCUUCUUCUUGGUUCUUCAGUGUUUGAGUAGUGCUAUCAUGGUGUACCUCAAGGAGCAUGAGGCGCCGCCCCUCUCACCCAUCCUGUCCCACCUCUACUUGGGAGCCUUAAGUGAUGUCAAUGAAGAGGUGCUGCAAGCUUUGGGGAUCUCGCAUGUGAUGAAUGUGAGCCGGUCAUGCCCUCAGCCCCCCUUCCUUCCAGAGGCACACUUCCACCGAGUGCCAAUCAAUGACUCUCACAGUGAGGACUUGCUUCCCUUUCUGGGUGGAGCACUGGACUUCAUUGACCUGGUACUCUCUCAGCAUGGCCGGGUGUUGGUUCACUGCCUGGCUGGGGUGUCUCGCUCAGCAGCCGUUGCCAUAGCCUACACCAUGCGUCACCUGGGAAUGACACUGGAUGAAGCCUACAGAUUUGUUAAAGAAAGGCGACCAUCCAUUUCACCCAAUUUCAACUUCCUUGGUCAACUCCAGCAGUUCCAGUCAAUGCUGAGUCAGGAUGUCAUUGCACCUUCCCAGAAUCUGCCUGUGGUUCAUUUGUCUGAACCUGCAUCCACCCACCAACAAUGGGAGCCUCAGGCCACCGGAGAUUUGGCUACAGGACAGAAACUGCUUUUGUCCAUCCCAAAGGCUCGCCUACUCCACCGUCGGCAGCAUCACAAGAGUCCAUCAUUUCUUUACUGCCUUGAGCAUAAAGCAGAAAAAAUUGAGCAGGCAGUGGACCCAAACAACAAUGUUUCAGACCUGGAGCUGGCACUCGAUGCCUGCACCAUGGCAGAAGAUGACACUGGCAGUUUGGAGGAGAAAAGCACAGAAGAGCCCACGCCAUCUCCCCCAAAACAGCCCCUAAGUAGAGAGAACACCACACCACUGUCCCUGAGUCUUUCUCGGGUGUUCAACUGGGGUGAGCGCAUUCUGCUUGGUGUUGUCAUGGGGUCAAAGGUUACGGGGUUAACCAGAGAGCAGGAGGGUACAAAAGCCUGCAAUCAAGAAUCAAACAACCCACCUAGAGAGUGCAGGGCAGGGGAAAGCGAGCCAAGGCCACGGCCCUUUGUUCUAAGCAUGCCCACAUCCAAACACCAAAUUUUUGCAGAACGCCACCUGUCAGCCAGGAGUCACCGAUCAAAUCCAGACCCGCAGAAAAAAUAAGAGACGGACUUUUGAAUUUUUUUAAUUAUGUUUUUUCGACUUUUUCAUGUGGAAACCUUUCCGGCUAACUCUGCCUGCAUGAACAUGUAAAACAGAAAAAAAGAAUAUUUAUUUUUUUACAUCUCCAAGGGAGACAGUGGUUCAUGCCUGCACCUCAGCACGCUUGGGGAUUUGCACAAACCAAAAAGGAAAAUGCCUCCUUCCUCAACCUCAAAAAAAACUCCUGACCCUGUGGUCUGACAAGGCAUGCCUGGCAACUGAAUAAAGUGGAAAUCUUUUAUACAA